AUGGACCACCAGGCACCCGCCAACGUGCUCUCAACACCGAUGUACGGCAUGUCCCAUAAUCAAACCUUCGAUCCGUUUUUCGGCCAAAGCGGAUUCGACGAUGUUCUCAUGGGGAACUUUUUGCACGAUAUUGUCAAUACAAAUGACUCCGUCUCCCAUCUAUUUGGCACCAAUGCCAGCGCGUUUCCCGAUGUCUUGCAUUUCGGCUCCGAUGAUCUCGCAGAUUUCCCCUCUUCAGCCUUUGACCGUACCUAUCUUACUUCCGCCCCGAUACAAGGUUCACGCCCUAGCGAGGGGGGAGACCUACCCUUGUCUCUCUCUACCGACCCCCAAACUCCGGCUGUGCGAAGAGCAGUCCAUGCCGGUGAACAAGCUUUCCGUGAGUCCAUGUGGCUUUGGGAUCCUUCAAUGGAAGACAACACUAUAUCAGAGCAGGCCAAUCUUGGCCUCUCCACAGACCACUCUGUACUCCAACACCGAUUUCGAGAAUUGGACCCACGUUUUCGUCUGUCACAAAGAAGCCGUGACCGGCUUCUGUCUAUGGUUUUGCGGACAUGCGAGUCCGGUGUACAGCGACAGGUUGUGUCUUGCUUUCCUUCAGUCGAGUUUCUCUCCUUCAUCUUGGCUGAUUUCAGAGCUCGACACAUUCGCCAAAUAUCACCGUGGAUACAUUUCGACACAAUCAAUCUUGAAAAUGAGUGCGAAGAGUUUCUAGCAGCUCUUAUAUGUGCAGGUGCCGCCGAGUCACGGCAGCCUGACAUCCGCAGGCUGGGGUCUGCGUUACAAGAAGCUGUCCGUGUUGCAAUACUCAAGCGACUAGAGGACGACAAUAGACAACUUCGGGACUUGCGAUCCACACAAGCACUAGUCUUGAUCCUCAUUGUCGGCCUGAAUUCUGCAUCCCGUCGGAAAAUUGAGAUCGCGGAAACUCUGACUCUCAGUGCCGUCACCACUCUCCGAAGAGGUGAACGAUUUCGAAACCGAAGUGACACCAGGUCAGGCAUAGACACCGUGCAGCAGUCCGAACCCCUUGAUGCACGAUGGAUGAAGUGGAUUCAGGAAGAAUCUUUCAAGAGGCUGGUUUACCACGUACUAUUCCAGGAUGCCCAAGUCUCCUCUGCUCUCUUCCGCCAACCAAUCGUGUCCUACACUGAGAUUAACCUUGUGCUGCCGUGCCCACAAGAUAUGUGGAACGCUAACAACGCCGAGACCUGGUGGCAAGCAACUCUCAGAAGCCAAAGUGCAUCAGACCCGACACCACCCACAUUACCCCAAGCCUUACAUGAUCCAGCUCUGAUCAGUCUUCGAAGAGACAAGAUCGACGUGCAGAUGAGCCUCAGAGUCUUGGUCUCAAUCUUUUGGCUGCGGGUAUGGCAAUCGAUUCAGCUCCGCGCAGCCUCUUCACUGGAUAUGUACGGCGCAUCUCCGCCAUCGAGCGACCAGUUUUUCCAACAGCUUGUGUCACACGGCCAAAGUCUGAGCUUACGCUUCUCUGAGGGGUCUGACGAAAUGCAUGCUUCGAUCAGAAUGAUUCUAGAACUCGGUUUGAUGCAUCUCCAUGUCUCUCUUGAAGAUAUCCAGCUGCUUGCUGGAAAGGAAGGCGAGGAUCAGGCCCGGAAAGCCGCUUCUCGUCUUCGAUCCUGGAUCAGCCUUCCAGAGUCACGAAAGGCAUUGUUUCAUGCCGGUCAGGUUGCCAAAGAGGCGGCACGUUGUCCGUUGGAUUUCUUCCGUGGCUAUCAUGCCGUGGUAGUCUAUCAUGCUAGUCUCACAAUGUGGGCUUAUGCACUACUAUCAAACAGCCAGAGUGAAAGACAAUCUCCACAACUUGGCACAGUCCUUGAAUACAAUGGCCUCACGACGCUGGUCCAACUUGACGAAAAUGAAACCCCGGAAAUUAAACGAUUCAUUCUGCUUGGAUCAGCCACGGCGGCCAUCAAGAGGUACAAAGACAAAGACGAUAUAUGCGAUGUUGAUGUCCCACAAAUCGUGCCACUGACGAAUGCCUCGGAUGUCAUGAUGAGUAUGGCUGCUUUAUUGGCAACCCGAGACGAGAGCGAGCAUUACUGUAUCCCUCUCGUCAACUAUCUGACUAGACUGAUGCGUUCUUUGGCCAAGGCUUCUACUGCCAUGAAGCUGUUACGAUGA